AUGUCGACCCAGACCAUAGAGGUUCCUACAGACGCUGAGUUGCUGCAGGCACAGGCUGACCUGUGGCGCCACAGCCUCUACUACCUCUCCUCCAUGGGGCUUCGGUGCGCCGUCGAGCUUGAGAUCCCGACUACCAUCCACCAUCUCGGCGGGGUCACCUCGCUGCCCGACCUGAUGUCCGCGCUGUCCCUUCCCCUGGGUAAGAUGUCGUUCCUCGCCCGUCUCAUGCGUGUGCUCGUCAUGUCAGGCGUCUUUGCAGCCGACAUCGGCUCCGAGUCCGGCGUGGACCUCUACCGCCUCACCCCGUUGUCCCGCGUCCUGGUGCAUGGCGUCGUUGCGGACGAGCACCACAGCCAGAAGUAUUUCGUGCUCGGCGUGACCUCGCCGCAUUACACGGAGGCGGCAUUCGGGCUCGCCAAUUGGUUCAAGAAGGACCAUGAGCCGCCAGUACCGUCGUCCUUCGAGGACAUCUUUGGUGUGCCACUUUGUGAUGAGAAAACACCGCUCCUCGAUGAAGAACUUGACAAGGUUGUUAAUCUGGGCUUGGCUGCUCACGACAACCUAGGGAUAGCCACCAUUCUGCGGGAGUGCCAUGACAUUUUCAAGGGGCUAGAGUCUCUUACCGACUGUGGUGGUGGCGAUGGCACCACGGCGAGAGCUAUCAUCAAGGCUUACCCACACAUUAAGUGCACUGUGUUGGACCUUCCGAAGGUAGUUGACAAAGCCCCAGCAGAUGGUGUCAUCAACUAUGUCCCGGGUGACUUGUUCCACUCAGUCCCAUCAUCACAAGCUGUAAUGCUGAAGCUUGUGCUACACAUCUGGAACGAUGAGGAUUGUGUGAAAAUCCUAGCUCAGUGCAAGAAGGCAAUUCCUUCACGUGAGGAGGGAGGGAAGGUCAUAAUCAUAGAAAUUGUGGUUGAACCCUCCUUAGGGCCAAUCAUGUUUGAAGCCCAACUGUUCAUGGAUAUGCUCAUGAUGGUGAACUCAAAAGGAGGCCAACGAGGUGAAAACGAUUGGCGCAAGCUAUUCAUGAAAGCAGGCUUCACGGACUACAAAAUUGUGAAGAAACUGGGAGCUCGGAGCGUCAUUGAAGUUUACCCGUAAGGUACAGAAAAUGCUUACAUAUCCAAG